GAAUCCUACCAAACAUACACCCUCUACCUUAACAUAUCCAUCUUUCUAACUUUUUUAAUUUUCUCAAACACAUCUUUCCAACUUUGUUGUACUUUCAUUUCUCAUAACACCAAGAUUCAAAAUCUACGUCCCAUCUCUUUUUCUAUACCAUAUUAUAUAUACAUAUUUGUGUGUGAAUACUAAUUUACAAGGUUAUACUAUAAUGUCUUCCAACAAGAAAAACCUUAUAAGAACAUUUUUCACAUCAAAUGGAAGUUGUGGAUGUGCAAAAACAAAAGCAAUUCAAGUACACGAGCCAAAGCCAACCCAAAAACCCAAAAAAUUCAUUAAGCAAAGGAUCACAAACCCAAGUAGUAAGGGUUCUUCAACUACAACUUCAGGUGAAGGAUAUGGCGCCGUUUGUAGCAUCGAUGAUAGCGAUGAUUUCUCCACCACGACGUUCUCGGAUGUUAGCACAACAAACAACUACUCUGCACCCAAACAAAGCCCACUAAUGAACACGGUGGCGGUAGAGAAGGAUUCUGAGGAUCCGUAUCAUGAUUUCAAACAUUCUAUGCUUCAAAUGAUCUUCGAGAAUGAGAUCGAUUCAGAAGACGAUCUUCAAGAUCUUCUCCGGUGUUUUCUUCAUCUCAAUUCUAGUUGUUAUCAUGGUGUUAUCGUAAAAGUCUUCAAUGAUAUAUGUCAUGAAGCUUUCCCCGACAAGGUUGGUAGCACUACUAUAAAACCUUCCGGGUAAAAUUAGAAAAAAUUGAAUUAACAACGAAAAUUAGAGACAGAAAAAAUGAAAAGAUGAAAUAAGUUUUAAAUUGUGGUGUCUCUAAUCUUCAGAGACAAAACUAGAGAUAAUUUUCAUUUUAUCGUCUUUAUAUUUUCGUUGUUAAUUGUAUGAAUCUUACAAAAGUGUGAUCAAGAUCAAUAUGACAAAGAAUGGAUGGUGGUCAAAGCAAUUCUUGCAUCAACAUAUAAAUUGAAAUAUUCAAAUGCAUUGAAAUAAUAAUGAAAAAGGUUUACUUUGAUAUGAUUUUGAAUUUUUUAUAAACUGUGUUUGCAGUGCAGUAGUUAGGCCUGGUUCACGCAUUAAAUUAAAAAUUUGGAACAAGCUACGUGUAAAUAUAAUUGGCUCAUGUAUAUUGUUUCAUUAUUUUAAUUUUGUGUGAUUACUUGUUUGAGGUUGAAAGGUGUUGGACUUGAUAUUUUCUUCAUUUGUUUCAAUUGCUUUGCAAGUACUACAGAAGCAUUUAUUCGAA